AUGAUGGAACUGUUUGGUUCAGCAACCACUCCCAAGUGUUCAAUCAGCAACAAGUGUGCAGAGAUCAUGACACACAGGGGGCAUAUGGAAUACUCCAUCACUCAUCAGGUGUUGUGGUCAAUGUUGGCCGAACAGGUUGGGUGCCUUGAAGAACUAAACAAAGUUCUCUUGUGGUUCAAUUUUAAGAAUGUUGAAGAAAUGCACAUCGAAUUCUGUUCCAACAACUUCUUUGAAAUGAAGCAUUUAGUGCACAGUUAUUUGUCUGAAGUAAUUCCACCUUUUUACCAAGACCUUUUCAUGGAACAGCAGUUUGUCUGCCCAAGCAUUGGUUUUUCCGAGUUCCUCCAUCUGAAUUACCUCAAACAACUAUUAUCUUGGAUGAAACCAAAUGGAUGUUAUGGAACUAUGCCAGCUGUCAAGGCCAAAAACAUCUCUACUUUCUAUAGCAGCAUGAAAAUUGAGGACUACUACGACCAGGCUGUUAAUGAUGGAAAGUUUGCAAAAAAUGACAUCAAACAAACCGUGUUUUCUGUGACAGCCCCUAAAACAAAACUGAAGCCAAAUAGACCUUUACUAGCAGAACCAUCCCUCCAGGAGUCAGCACACAAAGUCCUUAAACAGAAAUCAUCUUCAGUUGCUGCAUCAUCCCUUAUCAAGUCAUUUUCUAAUCAGCAUCAAGAUCCUUUUGUACAGCAAAUGCUGGCCAAAAGCUUGCGAAAGAACCAUGCCAAAUUGCGCCUGGCCCAUAUGGGGCCUGCAAAAUCUGUGGCCAGUAACACAUUGAAUAGAGUUGGUUUAGCACCACUUCUGAUCCAGCCUAACCGCACAGGGUUAACUGUCAAUGCCACAAGGCAGAGAAAUGGGCCUCCACCUUUGAUUAUGGAGCUUAAUAAAGCAGGAUCUUAUGCACGUCAGGAUGGAAUUAAACAUCAUAGAAAGCUUCUUGUAGAAAAAGUACUCUCAGAUGGCUGUUUAUCACACAAGACAGCAACUGCUGCAGGCACACUGGCUGUCUACCUGAACUUUCUCCUCCAUCAUACACUGGAUCAAUUAAAUCACUCGGACAACGUCUGGCAUUCUGUCAGCCAGCGAUUACUCCUCCACACAGCUUCUGAUAUGCAACAGGUGAAAAAACCUAAACUACCAUUUCCCCUCGAGAGAAAGGACAUGGAUCUGAUGAUUCCAGAUCUGGCUGACAGGAGGGAACCAGCAGCAAAAGUCGGAGUGCAGGAGCCAAUUCUGGGUGAUGCAGGGAUGGGACUUGUAUCCAACCACAAGGACGAUGCCGGGGAGGACAACGACUACGACGAGUAUGAAGACGACAAGUUCCCUGGCGAGAACUACCAUGACAAAAAAGUGGUGCAUUUUGGUAACAAUAAGGAAUCGCUGAAGUCUCUCGAUGAAAAUGCAGAGGACUAUGACAAUGAAAGUCUGGAUGAAGACGAAGAUGGAGACUACACAUAUUAUGAUGAAAAUGACGAGGGUUUGGAAAAGCAGGAGCGUGUUAACAAGCAAAAAAAAUAUUUUCAAAACACUGGGAUUGAGAAGAAACAGAUUGUUCCAAGGAUCCCUCGUAACUCAGCCUUCCAGGGACGCUCUGCGCAUGAGGGCCACGAGUCCUUCUCAGACAAUUCUUCACCGACUGGGAUCGUACUUAUUACAGUCACAUUCACACUGGUUCUUCUUCUUUUACUCAUGUACAGAUUUAUUAAAAAACGAAGAAUACACAUCAGGUACAACCCAACGUCAUUUUUAAAGCUGUAA